AAGGGGCCUGCGCCUGCGAUUGCCCUGAACCACUCCGGGCUGGAGUGGAGGGGGCUCUUCGCGGACAGGGCUGAUUGGUCGAACUUUAAGCAGGCGACGCCCUGGGGAGCGCUCCCCGUGCUCGAGGUGCCCGGGGUCGGCAAGAUCGGGCACGAGGCGGCGAUCCUGAACUACCUCGCGCGCAUAUCCAAGGUGCUCGGGAACAUGUCCGCAAGGGACUACGCGACCUCCCAGCAGCUGCUCUCGGAGUCCGAGGAUAUAUACUGCGCCUUGCAGCGGGUACAGCCCACGUUCAAGGCCAAAGACAAACCCAAGGCGGCGAUGGUCGAGUUCUGGUCCAAGGACGACUCGGCGGAACACAACAGAACUCAGGGGCUCAAGGUCUAUGCCAGAUGCUAAUGCCAUUCCAGGUGCGGCCACGAGGCGGGGAGGUUCACCGCCUCCGGAGUGUCCAUGCGGGAGUGCAAGCUCUUUGCGACCCUCCACUGCCUGAAGCUCAUCAGGAAGGACGUCCUGGAGGGCUACCCGGCCCUCGCGGCGUUCUACGGCAGGCCGUUGGGAAAGAGAGACCCCGAGAUCCGGGCGCUGAAGUCUUUCCACACCAGGCGCUUUCACCGGGGUUCCGGGCCCUGGGACCAUCGCAGCUCGACCCGGCUCGAGGGGCGCCGCAGAAAGGCUGAGGGGGGGCUCUGAUCCUGACCUGUCGCGCAGCUGCAUGUCCUUUUCGCGACGUCGGCUCUCGGGGGGGGUGCCAGGUCGCCCGCGCGAGCGCGAAGAGGACCGCGCCUCCUCGCCGUCGGGCCGGAGGAGCUGCCCUGGUCCCCCGGGGCCUGGUGAGGCUCCGUCCACCCUGGGCGCUCCGCUCUCGGGGAGGUCCACACAGGAAGUCCCGGAGGCCUCCAGAGCUCAGCGGUCUCGGUACGCCCGGCUUGCAGCGCAACACGUGCCGUGCUUGAGGCGUCCAUGAGAAUACGUUGCGUGCUGGCUCAGCGUAGGG